UAUAAAGCAGAAUAGAAAAAGGAAAAAGAAAAUACAACCAUGAAUCUCAAAAGGGUGUUUGUAUUUGCAAUCUUUUUCAUGUAUAUGACAGUAGCAAAUGUUGAAGCUAAUGUAGAUGAAAGUAAAAUAUGUUGUAAAGCACUAUGCAGACUUACAUGUCUAACUUCUGUUGAACCUGUUUUCUGUUCUCACCCUUGCUUGAAAAGAUGCAAAAUUCCUAGCAUUUAUGAAGCUAUGAUUCACAACACUAGUUGUUAUGAGCAGUGCUCCAACAUUACCGCAGAUGAAAAGAAAAUGGAAGACUGCUUCGACGCUUGCACAACAAAAUAUUACAAGUCGAAAAAACUUGGAAAUUAAUGUUAUUUGCAUCAUCCGGCCAACUUC